CACGGUGGAGUGCGCAUGUGUUUUUUAUUUUCUUGCAAAUCUGAAAAGAAAUUUCCGAACACACACACAGAGAUCAGCUUGUGUUAAUAUUAUUUCUUCACUGUGUCUCGUCGAUUCUGAUUUCAAUAUUCUUAGUUCAGAACAUCUUACACAAUUCGUUUUCGUUUAUUUUGGUUUUUUUAAAACAAAAUUGUAAUUAAAUAUGCACACAAUAUUUUAGUUUAAAAUUAAAGAAAAACCUUCGAUUAAACUCAAUUGUUUUCAUUGAUAUACCAACAACUAUAUAUACAACAAAUCCAAAUAAACAAAAAAAAAAGUCGACCGAAGAACUAGGAACCGAUAGAGAAGAGAACGAGAUAAAUAAUUCAAUUAACAUUUUUAUUUGGAACUAAACUAUUUUUUGGAUUGCAAAAAACGGAAACGCCUGUGGGAGUUUUUUUUAAAUUCACAUUUCACCGACUGUUUAGCGAUUCGUGUGUGCCAAAUACAAUAAGCAAGUUCAGCAUCUCGCCAAAAAAAAAACAAUUUACGUAUAUAUCACAUAUCACAAGCAAGUUAUAUAAGCGAUAAAGUGCCAGUCAUUAAAUUUGAUUUCUUUUGAUACGAUCCGAAUUGUCAGUUCCAUAUUGAGAUUUAAUCUAUGUAUCAAAGGCUCUUGCCGAAUUGCAUGCGAGUGUGUAUUUUAAAGCGUUAAUUUUGUUUUUUCAAUCAUUUCGAUCAAAAUAACUGCAUACACAAAAGUUCUAGCGCACUCAUACGGCCGACACAUUGACAUCAGAUUGAUAAUAACGACAGGCACUAAACAAAUUUAAUUAGACAGAUUAUUUAACAUCAACUGAACAAGAGAAAACCAGAUCAAAACAUACAAAAAGGAAAUAAUAAACAUAAUUUUUACAUUGAAUGAUCUGAACGUACAUUGAUUGCAUGCGAUACAGACACGACGCAAUCAUUUACAUUGAUAAAAGCUGUAUUUCAAUUUCAAUGUGGUGGUAGAGAAAGAAAAACCUGCAUUUAAUCAAUACUGGUAUAAAUUCUAUAAAAAAAUUGCUUGUAACGCCAGCCGAUCACGCAAAGCACCACCAAAACGGCCAGCCAUUUAAUUCACAACAACAACAACAUAAAUCGCACAGUUAGCUGUAUAUACAUGUACAUAUACACAACAGAAAAAUUAAAUUAUUUUGCAACAUUCAGUAAAAUUAAGUCUCCAAGAUUAGAAAUGUUAUCCAACAAUACACUUUGCAAGUAAAACAUCAGCUACUAAUACAAAGGCAGCCCCGCACAGCAGCGCAAAAAAAAAACAAUAAAAAUUAUAAAAUAAUUCAUUUGGUUUGGGACCAAAACCAAGAGAAGAUUCUCAUUGAAUAUAAACCACAUAACCAUAUGUCUUAAACAGUUUUGCAAACAGUGUAUAACGACAUAAAACAAAACUAAACGUUGGCAACAACUUCAACGGCAGCAAUAAAUGCAACCAGAAUUAAACAAUUGGUUGGUAGAAAACGUGCACAGCGAAAACUGACACAGGCAGUUCGAGAGUGGUAUAAGCAAGAAGAAAGUCGGCGCGGAAAAGCAACGAAAAACACAAAGAAAGGGGGCCCAUUUUACACAAAAAUUUAUCGCGCGCGCUCUCAAGUGUUUUCUUCGCAAACGUUAUUGAACGUAAGUGCAUUUGAAACAAUUUGAUUACUAGGAAAAGUGUAUGAGUGUGAACGGCAAAGUAAAAGUGCAAGUGAUUUUUUUGAUAACUCUUAAUCAUUUUGAGGCAACCGCAUGCGAUGAACAAAAACUGAAUUUGAAAUACUAUGCAAUAGGACAAUCUCAAUGAAUGAAUGAACGAAGGAACAGAAACAAAAAAUUCACAUGUGAGUGUAUUGUAUCAAUCAAAAAAGCAGAAGAAAAUUACAACUUGAUUGGUUGAGAUCUUCUUCGCGCUUCUCAUCGUGGGUUGGUCUUUUUUUAACUUCUUCAAACGAAAAGGCAACCACAACAACAAAAAUACACACACACACACACAUUUUCUCCAAACAUUUCAUUUCUCUAUUAUUGAUAGUAACAAGUAAAAUUGAGUGUUUGGCUCAGCUUAAAACAUUAUAAAGGUUUUUUUACACUGGAAGUAAUCAAGCGCGACCGAAGAAGUGAAAGAAGCAACGAAUUAACUAAAGUUCAAAAUUCGAAUAAUAAUAAUAAAAUCGCAUAAUUCAAUAUAAGAAAAAGACCUAGUAGUAUCAAGAAAAUAACUGCAAAAAAAAACACUAUAAAAUCAAGUAAAAAUAAAAAUAAAUCCGAUAAAAAUAAAAAGGCCAAUAAAUAAUUAAUACUUAUUCAUAAUUCAUAUAUUGAUUGAAAGUUUGCCAAUUCGGUAGAUUUGACACAUUUAUACACAACGGCAUGUUUAUCAACAGACAUGUCUGAUAGCAAGCUGACAAAACAAUUCCAAUAACUUACGAACGAAAAACAAACACACAUUAGUAACUGAACAUCACCAUUCAAUAUAAGCGUUAAGGUGACGAAAACUAAUAAAUUGCAACCCAUACAAACGUACAACCAAGCCAAUCAAAAAUUCAAGAGAGUUCGUCUGAGAGAAACGUUGAAUUGACAAAUCUUUUGGAAACGCUGUCAAUCGAUUAAACUUUGUGAAAGUUCAUCCAUAAAUUCUUCAAGCAACACACACACACACAAAAUAUACUACCGCAAAAUCAUAGAAACGAUCGAAUGUACCGAAAUCAAUUAUCGUCACAUUGAUUGAAUUUUCCGGUGCUAGAAGUCAAUCACUGGUUGCGACGUGUGAAAAAUAUCAACACAAGACUAUUCUGUUGAAAGAGUUGGCCAGCUGGAACUAAUAGACCAUCCGAUUUAGACGAUAUUUUCAUUUACUUUCUUCUAGAAGAUUGUAUUGUACACUCAAACGGAGCAUAACCUAAGAGAGCAAAAAGAAGAAGAAGAAGAAGAAGACGAAGAAAAAAUGGUGUCACGACGAAAGAUUCUGUCGCGUUCGCGUGAUGACUUGAGCGUGGAGCAACCGUACGUGCAUGAGGACGAAGAAGAUGUGUGGUAUCAAAAAGACAAAUUAUUCAAAGAACAUAUUCAAGAAGUGCUGGACAAAUGGAAUCAAAUCGAUGAUGAAAUUUGGGCCAAACUUAUUGUAUUCGAAGGUAAUCGACGUGUUGCCAAAGCAUAUGCUCGAGCUCCAAUCUUAACUAUUAAUAACUCUGAUGAUGGAUUCGACGGAAUGCGAAUUGGACUAUGUGGUUUUGAAAAUCCGAUGAGAAGUCCAAAAACCGAUGAGCUGAAACGCCAAAUCGGUCAGGGUGUGAAAAUUAAAAUGGACGAUGCUGGUAACAUUUUGAUACGUCGCUAUUCCCGCAGCAAUGUUUAUAUAAAAGGUACCGCAAAUAGUUCUAAAGAUGAGACGGCCAUCGGCAAUGAAAUCCAGAAAUUGCCUAAUCAAGCGUUGGAAAUUGAAAAAAUUUCGAAAUUGUUUGAUGUGAAAAAAUUUCAAUCGAAUAUAAAUCGUGAACUGAAGCAAGCAUAUCCGGAUCGAAGACGUCUCGAAUUACAAUGUUUGUCAGCCAUAUCGUUUGUACGCAACGACAAUGAUGUACUGGACUGUCCGAUUUGGGUGCUCGUGAUAAAUGUUGUUGCCAUGGAUAUGUUAAAAAGUAAAAUGCCGCCAAUGCAACGUCCGGUUAACGUUAAAAGUCGACCACGAUUACCAAUUCCUGAUGAGGAUCCGUAUAGCAUUGCCGGAAAUAGUAAUUGUGUGAGCAACGAAAAUUCAGAUAGUUCAGGAUACAGUGGAAGCAGCAACAGUAAUGGUCAUUCAUCAGUGGCAUCAACACAAAGAGAACGAGAUCAAAAGUUUUACACAGCAAACACGUCACAACAACAGCAGCUACAAUCGAAACCAAAACGCAGCAGCAGCGGUAGUAGUAAUGGCAGCAACGAAAAGCCGCCACAACUUCCUCCACGCGACACGAGCAUUUACUCACAUGAAUUACCUACGCCGGACUAUGACAACGAUGAUGAAAAUGACAGUAGUAAUAACAAUAAUACAAGUAAAUUGAAGUCAUUCUUUAGAAGCAAAUCGAAGGAAUCGGAACGGAAGAAGCAUGUGAGCGAAGACCCAUAUUAUGCCGGACUAUCUGCACGUGCAAGUUACUCCAUUGAAAAAGUCAAUCGAGUCAUUCCAUUGAAAAAAUCAAACAAAAAUCAAAAUAUUGUUGUACCAAAAAGAAUGUCAGUUGCCUAUUUACAACAGCCCAUGAUCUAUACAACUCCAACCGCAAAUCUAUCCUAUCAGCAAUAUCCGAUUAAUCAGCAACAGUUUACACAACAAAAGCAAUGUCCGAUGCCCAGACGAAAUUAUCAGCAAAUGAUGUGGCAUGCUCGCAGCAUGGAAAGCGGUUUGGAUUAUCCAUCCGAAUUUAAUCCAAAUUUUUUCGGAAUUAAUCGUCAAGAUCUUCGAAAUUUGGCAAGACGAAACGUUUAAUGCAACAUUCGUAAUAACAUAAAAGGUAAACGCGAAUGUGUCUUUUGACCUUAUCAGUUUGUUCCCGAUGAACGUGGAGUUCAUUCAAGUCUUUGUAUUUAAGUAAGUUCUUCCACUAAGUAAAGGAAUUUCAAUGAAAAAUGUAUUUUCCAGCCUUUAAAUAAGUAAAAAGUCCCGGAAGAUUUUAUGUUUACUGCCAUUUUUUACACUUUUUUUUAUUUAGAUACAUGUCUGGAAAAUGUUUUUGAUUUUAUAUGAGAAAUAAAUGAAUAAAAAAUUCAAUGCAAAU